AGCCAGUGACAGCUAAUUAUCCUGAUUACUGGGUUGCUACUGCAUCUCUUGCUGACUUGAAGAAAAUGUUUAUUCGUUCACAGUGUCCGUGGGGAGCCCCUAACACAACAGCAAUAUCAUGUUCCCUUGCUGAUGUAAUGAGUGAACAGCUGGCAAAAGAGCUGCAGCUGGAAGAAGAAAAUGCUGCUUUUCCAGAAGUAGUUGCUGUUGCUGAAGGACCGUUUAUUACAGGAGAAAAUACUGACACUUCUAGUGACCUAAUGCUAGCUCAGAUGCUGCAGAUGGAAUUUGACAGGGAAUAUGAUGCACAGCUUCGGCGUGAAGAGAAGAAGAUCAAUGGAGAUAGCAAAGUCUCCAUAUCCUUUGAAAACUAUCGGAAGGUGCAUCCUUAUGACAGUGACAGCUCGGAGGAUGAAGUCGAUUGGCAGGAUACCCGUCAUGAUCCUUACAGAGCAGAUAAACCUACUACUACACCUAGAAGGGGCUUCAUAGGAAAAGGAAAAGACAUUACUACUAAACAUGAUGAAGUGGUAUGUGGAAGAAAGAACACUGCUCGCAUGGAAAAUUUUGCACCUGAAUUCCAAGUUGGGGAUGGAAUUGGGAUGGACUUAAAGCUGUCAAAUCAAGUCUUCAAUGCCUUAAAGCAACAUGCGUACUCUGAGGAGCGUCGAAGUGCCAGACUCCAUGAAAAGAAGGAGCAUUCCACUGCUGAGAAAGCAGUGGAUCCUAAAACACGUUUACUUAUGUACAAGAUGAUCAAUUCUGGGAUGCUUGAGACUAUCACAGGCUGCAUCAGCACAGGAAAAGAAUCUGUUGUUUUUCAUGCAUAUGGAGGAGAAAGUGCAACUGAAGAUAAAGUUAUACCUCCAGAAUGUGCCAUCAAAGUGUUCAAAACAACUCUUAAUGAAUUCAAGAACCGUGACAAAUACAUUAAGGAUGACUACAGAUUUAAAGACCGCUUUGGCAGAUUGAAUCCACGAAAGAUUAUUCGUAUGUGGGCCGAGAAGGAAAUGCAUAACUUAACAAGAAUGCAAAAUGCAGGAAUUCCUUGUCCUAAAGUGGUUCUCCUUAAGAAACACGUCUUGGUUAUGUCUUUCAUUGGCCAGGAUCAAGUCCCAGCUCCUAAACUAAAGGAUGUAACACUUAGUAGUGAAGAUAUGAAAAAGGCCUACCAUCAGAUUCUUAAUAUGAUGCAGCAGUUGUAUAAGGAGUGCAACCUGGUCCAUGCUGAUCUGAGUGAAUACAACAUGCUUUGGCAUGAUGGGAAGGUCUGGCUAAUUGAUGUCAGCCAGUCUGUGGAGCCAACCCAUCCUCAUGGACUUGAGUUUUUGUUCAGAGACUGUAGGAAUGUUUCACAG